UUCCUUUUCAUGGUACAAUAGUAUGAGUUUCAUCCACACAGCCUUCACCGAUAAUUGUAGUUUCAAUUAUGGAAGGUCCAAAGGGGAAAAAUAAAAUCUAAAACAGACUCCAAAAGCCAGUGAGAGUGAGAUAUGGAGAAAAUGGGGAUGCAUAGAAAAUGAAAUUAUAGCAGAAUCUACCAUAGAAAAAGCUGAUAAAGAUUUCAUCAUAUCUUGAAAAAUGAGAAGCCAUCCACCAUUAUUGAACAGGUGUUGAGUUCAUAAUAUGACAGAGAAACCCUAAUCCAUCCAUCCUCUGAUUAAAGGUAGUGAGCUGAUGAGCUGAAACUAGGACUGAUGAGCUAACUUGACUUCUUGUGUAUCUGAUCAGUAACCCAAUAACAAUAAUAAUAAUAAGAUACAUUAAAGCAGCAGUUGGGUGUGCGCCAUUGACAAUUGAGAAACAACAAAGGAGGGAAGUGGCGAGGAAAGAAAGAGACAGAGACAAAGACAGAGAGACGGAGAGUGAAAAACGUACGCUAACAAACGAAAACGAGUGGCAAAAUGGCAAAGCGACAGAGACAGACCCCACAUCACACUUGAAAUGGACCCGCCCCACUCUUAACCUCUCUACAACCUUUUAAUUCCAAACAGAUGACCAAACUAACCCAACUACAAAUAGCCCAAGAAAAAAGAACAAGAAGCUCACUCACUCAUGUAGAAGAAGAAAACAGAGGCGUAUUACUAGAGAGAGAGGAAAGAUGGCAUCCUUUGCAAGACAACAGCAGCAAACAUACUGGUGUCACGAAUGUGAUAUGAGCAUUCACCUCCUCAUCACCACCACCACUGAGUCUCCACUUUGCCCUCACUGUGACAGCCGUCGUCUUGAACUCAUGGAUGGGGAUGACCCUACUCCCAUUUCCAACGACACAACCAGUUUCUUCCUUGACAGCUUGUUUUUCCCAUUUCUCACUGACAUGAAUUCGUCGUCUUCGAAUGACGAUUUAAAUCACAAUAUUGAUUCCAUCUUGCCCACUGUCAAAAUCACAGCUUCUCUUCUGGAGGGAGAGGAAGUCGUUUGUGCUGUGUGUAAGGAUGAGUUUGUUAUUGAUGUUGAUGUCAAAAUUCUACCUUGUAAUCAUUUCUUUCAUCCUGAUUGCAUUCUCCCCUGGCUUAACUCUGACCACAACUCUUGUCCUCUCUGUCGCUUCCAUCUGCUUCCCACAUCUACUGCUGCUGCCGCCAUUCAUAAUGAUGAUGAUGAUGAUGCUGUUGUCGAUUGUGCUUUCCCUGAUGUUGGGGCUUUGUCCAAUUUUCUCCCUUCACACUUUUAGCCAGGCGAGCUGAAGUGUUACUCAAGGUCGUCUUUGAUGAUUUUCCGCAUUUUAAACCGGUUUAUGAAGUGUAAAUCAGCAGUGAGCAAUACAAAAAGCGUUUGAUGGUUUGAUUUCUUAUUGGGUUUUUGUCAUCCUACGUGAUUAAAUGCAGUGUAUAUGAGCAGCAGGCAAGCAUACAACUUUACAUAAUGUUUCAUGAUUGUGUGUUAUUCUCUUUCUAUAUCUAAGAGUAUCUUGUAAGGUAGUAGCAUCUGCAUUUCAGAUUGGAUUUUGACCAAUAAAUAUAUGGGUAAUUUGCAACGGUGGCCUCUAAUUGCACAUUGCAUGGGAGGUUGUUAAACUUGUAAUUCAUACUAUUAAAGCCAAUAAUUUUUGCCA